AUGCUAAAAAUUAUUAUCCCAACUGCCUUUCUAAUUCCUUCAGCCUUUUUACUUAACUCAAACACCCUAUUCCCAACCAUAACCGUGUAUUCUAUACUAUUAGCACUUUUUAGUCUUAUAUUAUUUAAUCACCCAAUGCUUCUAAAAACCUCCAACACAACCAUAUACUUUAACAUUGAUACCACCUCUGCCCCUUUAAUUAUCCUCUCCUGCUGAUUACUACCACUCAUAAUUUUAGCCAGCCAAAACCACUUAAAAACUGAACCCAUAAACCGAAAACGUACUUUCCUAAUAAUUUUAACAACAUUACAAACAACCUUAAUUAUAACUUUUGCUGCCUCAGAGGUUAUUUUAUUUUAUAUUUUAUUUGAAACAACUUUAAUUCCCACCUUAAUUAUUAUUACACGCUGAGGAAACCAAGCUGAACGCAUAAACGCCGGCCUUUAUUUUUUAUUUUACACUCUAGCAAGCUCAUUACCUCUGUUAAUUGUACUCUUAUAUUUUAACAAUAAAUAUUUUCAUACCUCAAUAGAACUUCUAUUUAUAACUCAACCAGAACUACUCUCCACAGAUUCUAGCCCAAUGCUCUGACUUGCCUGCCUCUUAGCCUUCUUAGUUAAAUUGCCCCUGUAUGGCCUUCAUCUCUGACUUCCCAAAGCACAUGUAGAAGCCCCAAUCGCUGGCUCAAUAGUCCUAGCUGCCAUUUUACUUAAACUAGGAGGCUACGGCCUAAUUCGCAUCUCACCUGUACUUAACCCCCACCCUCAAAACCUAAUAUUUCCAAUUUUAAUCCUUGCCCUCUGAGGUAUUUUGAUAACUAGCUCUAUCUGCCUACGACAAACAGACCUAAAAGCUCUUAUCGCCUACUCAUCUGUAAGUCACAUAGGCCUCGUAACUGCUGCUAUUAUUGUACAAACACCAUGAGGAUUAACCGGAGCUAUAAUCUUAAUAAUCGCACACGGCCUGACAUCAUCAGCUCUUUUUGCCCUAGCAAACACUAAUUAUGAACGAACACACACUCGAACCCUCCUCCUUGUACGAGGCCUGCAAUUAGCCUUCCCAUUAAUAUCAACCUGAUGACUACUUAUUAAUUUAACUAACAUAGCUAUACCCCCAACAAUUAACUUACUCGGAGAACUAUUUAUUAUCUCCACCUUAUUUAAUUGAUCUACCCCAACAAUUAUUAUUACUGGAAUUGGAACCCUUAUUACUGCUACUUAUUCCCUCUAUAUAUUUUUAAUAACCCAACGAGGAAGUAUCUCAACACAAUUUCGACUCCUUCCCCCCACCCACACCCGAGAACAUCUCAAUUUAAUUUUACACUUAUUACCCUUAGGACUUUUAAUUAUAAAACCAGCCUUAAUUUCAGGCCUAUUUACUU